AUGAACAAUCUCAAUAACACUAGCUCAGAUAUAAAUUUAGUUGAUGAAGAGUUCAAAGAUCUUCGACUUAAAGGUGCAAUUUGUAUUGUUCUCUUUAGCACAAUUAGUAGUAUAUCAUCUUUUUCAAUGUUUUUCUGGAUAGUUUAUCAGAAAAGUCCAAUGAAUAAUGUUAUCACCAAAUUAGUAAUGAAUUUAUUAGUUGCUGAUUAUAUUCAAAGUUCUGGCUUUAAUUUAUCAUAUUAUUGGAUUAUAAUGGGUAGAAUAGUUCCAAAUAUAUUAUGUGAUGCUCAAGGCUUUUUGAUAAAUGUUGGAUUAUGGGCAUUAGCGAUAUGUGUACAUACUUAUAUGUUGGUAGCACAUUCAUAUGAAUGUCCACAUUUAGUGGCUAUAAGCAUGUUGAUAAUUUGGCCUUCAAAUUUAGCAUUGUCAUCUUUAGGAUUUAUUUUUCAAAUGGGAACUCAAAGCAAAUUUUACAAUUUUGCAGAAGGAUCUUGGUGUUGGAUUUCACGAGAUUAUGAAGUUUAUAGAAUAGCAUUUCAUUAUGGAAUAAUAUUAUUUAUUGCUUUGGCAAUGAUAGUUUUUUAUUUGCUGAUGUUUGCUAUUUUGUACAGACGCCAAAGAUUAAUGUCAAUGCAAAAUUCUAAAAAAGUAAUACAAAAUGUUAAUAAAAAAUUAGUUUGGUAUCCUAUAGUAUACCUCGUUUUAGUAUUUCCGUUGGGUUUACUGCGAAUUAUUUCUAUUGCUAGAAAAGAUGAACCUAUUCCUAUAAUACCAGCAGCAUGCAGUUUUACAUCAGCAGGAUUUGUUAACGCACUGAUUUACUGUAUAACACGUAAUCUUGUAUCGUUGCGGGGUGUACUGGGAAUUGUGCCAAAAAUUCGUAAACGCGUAACAAUAAUAUCAUUGUCAACAGUAACAUCAGCAACAACAUCAUUUUCAACAUCAAUUAAAGAUGAAAAUCAAGAAGAUGGAGAUCACAAUAUUGAUGUGAUAAGUAAAAUCGAAGAUGUCGAAUUAAAAUCAAAUUCACCCCCAUCGAAAGGAAAGAUUGAUUCUGAGAAUAGCAAUAGCAAUAUGGAUCCAUCAGAUGAUCACAAUAUUGAUAUAAUAAGUAAAAUCGAAGACGUCGAAUUAAAAUCAAAUUCACCUCCAUCGAAAGGAAAGAUUGAUUCUGAGAAUAGCAAUAUAGAUAUAGAUCCAAAUCAUAAAUCAGAUGAUCACAAUAUUGGUGUAAUAAGUAAAGUCGAAGAUGUCGAAUUAAAAUCAAAUUCACCCCCAUCAAAAGGAAAGAUUGAUUCUGAAAAUAGCAAUAGCAAUAUGGAUCCAAAUCAUAUAUUAGAUGAUCACAAUAUUGGUGUAAUAAGUAAAAUCGAAGAUGUCGAUUUAAAAUCAAAUUCACCUCCAUCGAAAGGAAAGAUUGAUUCUGAAAAUAGCAAUAGCAAUAUGGAUCCAAAUCAUAGAUCAGAUGAUCACAAUAUUGAUGUAAUAAGUAAAAUUGAAGAUAUCGAAUUAAAAUCAAAUUCACCUCCAUCAAAAGGAAAAAUUGAUUCUGAGAAUAGCAAUAUAGAUCCAAAAAAUUCUAGAUCAGAUGGUGAUUGCUCGGAUAGAUCAAAUUCACCUAAUUCAUUUAUUAACAUUGUGAAAUAA